AUGGUGGGAUUAAAAUGUUUCAGGACUUCAAAACUAUGGCGAUUUAGCAGGGAUAUUGGACAGGUGGAAGGAUCUAACCCAAGAACAAUGGGUUUUGACAGCAUCAUAUGUGACAUGUCUUGGUGUACAUGGAGGUUAAGAAAUGACAUGGUGUUCAUGAAGAAAAAAGGAUGCAUCGAGGUGCUCUUUAUUGAUGUUAGACUUCCGCAUUUUAUGUGGAUUAGAUCUAGAUGUCAACUUCUAGGCUUUGAUAAGUUCAUUCCAUCAUAUGCUACUGCAACUAACAAAGAAAUCAGCAUUGGAGUAAACUAUGGCAGUGGGGGUAGUGGGAUUCGGAAAGAAACGGGAAGUCAUAUGGGUGAUCGCUACAGCAUGGAUAGGCAAUUACUUCAUCACAAGUCCAUAAUUUCACGAAUUUCACGCUUGAAAAAGAAUACAAAAUUCCUAAGAAAAUGCAUCUACAUUGUAAAUAUAGGAAGCAACGAUUACAUCAACAACUACUACAUGCCCGACCUUUACAAUACAAGCCACAUGUAUACCAAGCGUCAAUACGCAAAAGUACUUAUAAACCAGUACUCUGGACAACUGAAGAGUUUGUAUAGUUUGGGGGGCAGGAAGAUUGCGGUGUUUAGUCUGGCUCCUAUUGGGUGUAGCCCAAUUUAUAUAAACAAAUUUGGCACAUACGGCAAACCGUGCGUACAGAAGAUGAAUGAGGCAGUUACAUUAUUCAAUGAUAGGCUUAAAGCUCUUGUUCAUACACUUAACCAUAAGAAAUCAGAUGCAAAAUUCACCUUCAUCAACCUUGGGAGCAUUUUGUCACCUCUAGGAGAUGUGCCCAUGCCAAAUUCUCCGUGUUGUCUAGUAAGAAAAGAUGGACAAUGCAUUCCAAAGUCGAUUCCUUGCCCUAUGCGGUCUGUCUCUAUUUUCUUUGAUGGUUUACAUCCGACAGAAGUUUCUAAUAACAUCAUUGCAACAAGAUCAUAUUCUGGAGUUUCACAAAAGGACGCUUCCCCAUAUGAUAUAAGCCAAUUAGCUCAACUUUAA